CGCGCGCUUGCCCGAGCCCGGAUCCCCAGCGCGGCAACCAGGCGCCGGGCGGGCUCGAGUUUCUUCCCCUCUCUCUCUUUCUCUCUCUCUCUUUCUCUCUCUUUCUCUUCCUCCUCCAUCCGCAUCACAAAAUGCAUGUGGCGACUAAUCGGCCUCGCACUUGGGUUGGAGGGUGCGAGCAACUGUAGCAGGUCGAGAGCAGCAGAAAGUGAACGCGGUCUGUAACAAGAUGGCUGGUCUGCGAGAAGGAGCUGUACUCGUGACAGUGCGGGCGGGCGCGCCGGUAGUGCAAGCGCGAUCCGCGGAGGCUGCAUUGCAAAGGGCGAGUUGUUUACAGUGCACAAUGGGUGAAGCGAUUAAAUACAAUGACGAUGAACAUAAAAAUGCAUUCCUGAAAACAUUGAAUGAACAACGUUUAGAAGGGGAGUUCUGUGACAUAGCCAUUGUGGUGGAAGAUGUUAAAUUCCGGGCACACAGAUGUGUAUUGGCAGCAUGUAGCACUUACUUCAAGAAAUUAUUUAAAAAAUUGGAGGUUGAUAGUUCCUCGGUGAUUGAGAUUGAUUUUUUGCGUUCGGAUAUAUUUGAAGAAGUAUUGAAUUAUAUGUACACUGCCAAAAUCUCUGUGAAGAGAGAAGAUGUGAACUUGAUGAUGUCUUCAGGACAAAUCCUUGGGAUCAAAUUCUUAGAUAAAUUAUGUAUUCAGAAGCGUGAUGUUUCUCCUCAACAGAAUGCAGCACGGCGAAAAACUCGAUACCCGUACAGUAUAAGUGCUAAGAUCCACCGGCCCUCAGUAAAUAGCACAGACGAAGAGAUAGAAGAAAUAGGCGAUCAGCUUGAAGGACAGUCAGAAGAGGCAGUAGACGAAACUGUACCUAAUCCUGAUGACGGAAAGACCCAAGCAAAUGGCCUGCGUGUUCAGGAAGCUAUUUUGAAAGAACUUGGAAGUGAAGAAGUUCGAAAAGUCAAUUGCUUUGGUUCUGAAGUAGAAACCAUGGAAUCAACUGAGCCCAAGGAUGUGGCUCCUCAGCCUCCUCCAACUCUUGCAUUCAAUGAUAGCAUGAGUGGAGUCAAGGAAGAACAGGCACCAGGUUGGACAGCAAAUACUGAUGUGAAAUUUGAAUAUUUGUUGUAUGGAGACAGGGAGCAGUUCAGUUGUCAGUCCUGCGGUAAGACUUUCACUGACGAAACACGUUUGAGGAAACAUGAGAAGUUACAUUCUGCUGAUCGACCAUUUGUGUGUGACAUCUGCUCAAAGGCUUUUACCACACAAGCUCACUUGAAAGAACAUCUCAAAAUUCAUACAGGCUUCAAACCUUAUGGGUGUGAUGUGUGUGGCAAAUCAUUCAUUCGUGCUCCUGACCUAAAAAAACAUGAACGAGUCCACAGUAAUGAAAGACCCUUUGCAUGUCACAUGUGUGACAAAGCUUUUAAGCACAAGUCUCAUCUGAAAGACCAUGAACGGAGGCAUCGAGGUGAGAAGCCAUUUGUUUGUGGUUCCUGCACUAAAGCGUUUGCUAAAGCUUCUGAUCUAAAGAGGCAUGAAAAUAAUAUGCACAGUGAACGCAAACAAGUACCCACAAGUGUGAUUGCCAGUGAGACUGAGCAAUUGCAAGCUGCAGCAAUGGCAGCUGAAACUGAGCAAAACCUGGAAACUAUAGCCUGUAGUUAAUUUAUUGUCGAUGUUCAUAUUCCUCUUUUGUUUCAUAAUAACAUAGAAAACUGCAUUAGCAAAGGUGACCCUUAUAUAUUUUUCUGUUAAAUUCUGUUCCUUUUUACAAUUUGUAUGAAGAAUGCUAAUUUUUUCUGUCUUGAGUAUAUAAUCUAAUAUAUUUAGUAUAAAUUGUUGCACUGUAUAAGGAUUUGAUUUUAGUAGGGUUGACCACUUGGGACAACAUAAUAAUUAUGUCAUUGAAUAUUUCAAGUGUCUUUAAUGCCUUUAUCCCUGUAUGGUGCAAUAAUAUAAUUAUUUUGAGUGAUGUAUUACAGUUUUAAUUUUUUAGUAAAGUUGCUUUUAAUGUUUUGGUCUGCCACCACCGUCUAGUUAACUAUAUUCUGGUAAGAAAUUAGUCAUUAGGAUUAAAAUUCUUCAGGGUUAGGAUUCAGCAUGUCGGGUUUUUUGAUUAUCCUUUGUACAUUUGCCGAUUAGAAUGUUGCUAAUUUGGUGAGAGGAAUCUUUACACUUGAGUUUUAAGUAUUCUUAAAAUAAUGGAAUAACUCCUGAUGUUUAUUUUUCCCAAACUUUAAGAAUAUCAGAAUAUCAAUUUACUUAUAUAGCCUAGAAUACUUAAUCUUUCUUCGUACCAGUAGCAAGUGGCGCAAGAGGCAUUAGUUGUACACGCAUAUUCUGUAAAAAUAAAAGCUUAGUUUUAUUGUUUGGUACUUUUUAUCAGAGAAUAUGAUGUAAUCCAAGAUUUACUUUCAAUAUUUUCUUUAUCAGGCUAAAGCUUGAGUUCCGCAAUUGGCUAAAUAGCAGCAGAACCUUUACAGCAGCACGUUAUUUUAGAAAUUCAAUGCAACACUGUUGUUCUUAACUUUUUGUCAGUACUUGUAUCUCUUUUAAAACUCUUUAAGAGAAAUAUCUACUGAUAAUUCUUAUGUGAACAUUUUUGAUAUUGGUGUGUAAAUAAUUUUUAACUAAAUGCAAAUAAUUGUAAUGUUAAUUGGUAGUUAUAAGUGCAGAUUAAAUUGUAUAGCACAACACAAAGUUUAGUAAAUAUGAUUACGUUUUUAUGCAUAAAUUGGAUGAUUAAAUCAAAGUGUUUAAAGCUCAAUCCGUGACAGUGCACUAUGUUCAUGUGUCAAACCUUAGCAAUGUGGUGUAAACAUUGAAACGUGCUUCUAUUCAAAAUGGAGAUCAGAGUCUGGACGAAUGUUUGGUAUUUAGCCCGUGAACCUACAAUGUUGAGAGGUUAUUUCAUCAUUUUUUGUUCUGUUUGUCGUUGGUCUGAAAUUAGCUUAAUUUUCUCAGAAAAUGUACAUAUAUCUGUUAAACGUCUUUCAAAUCAAAAUAUAAACAUUUUGUAACCUG